ACUCAAUAUGGGAUUACUUUAAAGAUGUGGCCUUCAGAAACUAUUGCUCGGUUAGAAAUUUCAAAAGGAUGCUCCGAAGAAAAAUGUUUCAUCAAAUAAUGAAGAUCUUGACGAAUCGUUACAUGAACGACAUGGGAUUGUUAAAAUAGGCUUAAAAUGAUUGACUCUGAAGGAAUGAAUAAAAAUGUUUUGUUCUGAUUUAGUUCCGGAAAGGAUUGACCGACGGGUGAGCGUACCUAUGUUCUUACAAUGAGAACUCAAAGUUAAACUAAGAUAUUUAUCCUUCGAUGAUAUCGCUUACAUUGCAGCGUAAAGAGUGAUAAUUGACUUAGAAUAGACUAAAGUUGCUGUGGUAGUAGUAGUAGGAUGACUGGUCUCAUAUAGUACUGACUGUUUUCAGCAAACGCUCGCUGGUAAAAACCAAGACUCCAUUAAGUUUGGAAAAGUCAUUCCAAGCAUUUUGUCAUCAUAUUUUGACCGUAUUUCUGAUAGAUAGUAAAUUGUACUAUACGAACGACAUAUAAUAUAUUUUUCUAAUAAUCAUAAAGUCAAUGUAAAAGAAGCCAAUCUUGGGAUAAAUUCAGCAUUCCCACACAUAAUAUAUCUACAUAUGUGGUUAUAUCGGUUUCCAAGUAUCCCUUAUAGCAUUUAAAAUGAACUACGAACUGAUGUGCAAACUGAAUGUUCAUGACAGUCAAGGAAUCGAAAUAAUGGGCUCACAUGAUUUUACCCAAUUACAACAUCAGCCACAACAAAUGCUUAGUUAUAACAUACCAGAAGCGGUAGCAACAACAGUAACAACGACAACUGCAUCAAUACCGGUGACAUCAUUGACAACGGCACCGCAACAACAACAGCAACAAACAAGCCAGCAUUCACCAGAUAACAUUAGAUCUUCAAGACCAAUAAGAAGAGCAAGUCGAAGAACAUCGUCACAGUUAAGCAAUAAUUAUGACAUGGAAAUGACAGAUUCAAGUUCGCAAAGCGAUGAUACAAGUGGGGGCGGUGGCAGUAGUAAUGGCGGCAGUGCACGACCUUCAAGUCGUGGCAGAAACUCUUCUUCAGGAACAAGCCAAAAUCGUCGCCGUAAGGGAACGCUAAAUGCAAAGGAACGUAAUUUACGUCGUCUGGAAUCAAAUGAACGAGAACGCAUGCGUAUGCAUAGCUUGAAUGACGCUUUCCAGUCAUUACGUGAAGUUAUACCACAUGUGGAAAUGGAGAGAAGACUGUCGAAAAUUGAAACUUUAACUUUGGCUAAAAAUUACAUAAUUAACUUGACGCAUAUAAUACUUGCAAAACGUAACGAAGAAUCCGCCCUAGAUUUGAAUGGUAUAAUAUUGAACGGAGAAGCUAACGCCUUGGAAAAUUCGGCUGAGACAGAAGCAAAUGUCAUGCAACUUAGUACAGCUGCAACGGUAAAUGGUGCAAUGGUAGCGUGCUACGACGAUGGUCUUAUCAAUGGAAAUAGUAGCAGCUAUAAUUGCAGUCUUUUAGCAGAGCACUCAAAACAACAACAACAACCACAACAAUCCACAAUAACAACAGCUACAACUACAAUACAAAUACAAAAUCAAACUUUAUCGCAUCAUGUACAUCACGCGCAAACCCAACCUUUGAUGAUGACAAAUCACGAUCAGCAAAUAUUUAUGCAGCAGCAACAGCAUCAACAACACCAACAACAAACUGCAAUCAUUAUCAAUGGCGGUGGCAAUUAUGGCGGUACGGGUAACAGCGAAAACGCUAACAAUCACAAUAACUUCGAUGAACCUUUCAGAGAGUUUUUGUAAAAAAGUUCGAAGCAAUAUCGACGUCGCGAAAAUCACCCCAGCGAAGAUUAAUAGGAAGAAAUAUACACUUAAAUACCGAGACAGAUGUCAAGUACCAAGAUGGGUUUAAAAAAAAAAAUUAUAAAGAGGUUAAUUAGAAAAGCUAAUAAAGAGCAAAAGUAGAAAAUUUUAGGAUUGUUAAAAAAUGUGCAACAUUUCAAAAGUUAAGAAAUCGCUAUUAUUGCUGAUAAUUGAAAAAAUUACUAAAAUCGCAAAAGUAUUUAAACACUUUUAGUUGUCUA